AUGGUCCCGUCCUCUGUCCAACGACGCGUUGCCCAUGGCUCAACACACUUAACCACCGAGCGAAACGUAUCAGGCCAUUGCAAGCGUCGACAGCGUUCUCGCUAUCGCAGAAAAAAAGAGCCUGAUAUUGUAUCAGAAGCAAAUAAAUUGGACACUUCAGCAACGAAAGUUGACGAGAGCAGGAGAAGACGACAUGGUGAAAAAAACGUUUCAUCUGUUCAAGACACCGCCUCGACUCGUGAAGACGAUACAUUUGAUAUCUGUAUAUUGUGUGCCGAUCCCAUUAUAUACUAUGCAGUGGGUGAAUGCAAUCACCACGGUAUUUGCAGCAAAUGCUCUAUGCGUAUGCGGAUAAUUAUGGAUGAUCGUAACUGCCCCAUGUGCAAGCAGCCAUUGGAACGUGUGGUAGUCAGUAGAAUCUCACGGCCAUAUGAGAGUUUUGAGCUUUGGGGAGAUGCUGCAGGUCCCGAAUCAGUUUUGGAUGAGCCAUCCGAGAUGAUUUUUGUUGAUUGUAAAGCGCACUACUUUGAAUUGCGUAGUCUUCGUGAGUACAAGUGCCGGAUGAAGCGCUGUAGAGAAGUAAAGCACUCAUUAGACCAGUUGAAGGAACACUUGCAGCAUGAUCAUGGAGUCGAGUUUUGUGAGCUUUGCUUAAACCACCAGUCAUUUUUUAUUCAAGAGCAGGAGGUGUUUACUAAAGGAGCACUAAAGGGACACAGUAUUGGACGGAGUAGAGGUGGACAUGCGGGUCAAAAGCACGCAAACACAGGCAAAGAUUUUCAUCCAAUGUGUCAAUUUUGUCGCAAGCGGUAUUAUGGAGACAAAGAAUUGUAUGAACAUUUAGAACGCGAUCACUUCAAGUGCCACAUUUGCAAGGUGGAGAACGAGUACUUUCGUAACUAUGCAAGCUUAGAAACGCAUUUUCGUCGAACCCAUCAUUUGUGUGAGGAUCGAGCCUGUCUCGAGAUGCGUUUUGUUGUUUUUUCGAACGAUAUAGAGUACCAUGCGCAUAUGAGCUCCGUCCAUGGCGUUCACAAUCGCUUACAAUUAAACUUUCAAGUCUCUCGAGGUGGCAACAACAUUGUUAGUGGGCCAGCGAGUUUAGGUCAUGUUGAAGGAGUGCCCGAUCACUGGAAUUAUGGAGGAAGUGGUAUUUUACCGCCACCUUCAGUGCAACUUGACGAAGCCUUUCCUGCACUUCCGAUCCCUGCAGGGCCGUCUCCGGUAUCGGUGCUUCGACCAGCUAUUGCCCGACCACUAAGUGCUCAGUAUGUCCCACCUCCAACUAGACAUCUAUCGACUCCUCCUAGGGCCCAGAUUUUACGCAACCAGAAAUUAGCUCAAGCGCUUGGGGUCAAUCGACCAGGAUUUGCAAGUGGCGAUGCCGCCGCAUUUGAAGAUGAAUUAAAGACUCCCAGUUAUUCUGAAGAACUUAUUGCAUGGGGUAAGGCGAAUGCUAGCUACCUUACGGUGGUUGAGCGUCGUUUGGAACGGAUUGUUCAAGAGCUCUCAUGCCACAGUGUCAGCCUGCGCGUGAUGUCGGGAGAAGAGCGAGCUUUGAUGCAUCAAUUGGCCUCAAUUUACGGUGUUGUCUCGGAAUCGUUUGGUGAGGAUCCACACCGUCGAAUUUCAUUUUAUAAAUGUGCGGACGCACAUGUGCCCACUGUGACCCUAUCAACGCAUCUUAGCAAACUUACAAAGCAGGCCCGUGCAGCCCAAGCAUCUAGUCGUCUAAAAUUUCUCCCAUUGAAUUCCAGUGCGACUACGGCGCAGUCUGCUUCAUUGCCAGUAAGGCCUCCUGUUUCUGUCAACCGUGGCUGGGAGCGUAUUGAACCUCGUCGUGCUGCAAUUGUUGCUGAUGCCUGGAGUGAUGAUGAAGAGGAGAGAGCUGAGAAUGAAUGCAGUGGCCCUGGCUCAAACAUUCUGAAAAAUAAUGUGGAAGACAAUGAGAAAUUAGCAGAUGAAUCAGCUAGUAGCGUUGGUGUUGCUGUAACUGAUGAUCGUGGGAAGUAA